CUCUACUGCUACACGCGCUCUCUGGUGUUCAACACAACAUACAUUGAUUCGCACAACUACACUGUGCCACAGUGCGCCGCAGUCGUUGCGUCAGAGGACACGUAACGGGACUGGCUGAAUCUGACCGACCAGAGGGGGGCGGGGGGACGACAAACAGCUUUCUUUUUCUUUUUUUGGCUAGAGGAGGCAGGAGGGCCACCGUUCCGCAGCACCGGCUAUUCCUGCACAGCUAAGUAGAUUUUUGAGCAGCAGUGACACAGAAGACCAAUUACAAACAUGGUGUUCAGAGGUACAAUAUCUGACGCUCCGGACUUUGAUCCCAGCGUUGAUGCUGAGACUCUUUACAAUGCUAUGAAAGGCAUUGGCAGCGACAAAGAGACAAUCCUGGACCUGAUCACCUCUCGGAGUAAUGCACAGAGGCAAGAGGUCAUUGCAGCGUACAAAUGCAGCUUUGGGCAGGACCUGAUUGAAGAUCUGAAAUACGAGCUCACAGGAAAGUUUGAACGUCUCAUCGUGAGUCUGAUGAGGAGCCCUCCCUACCACGACGCCAAGGAAAUCCACGACGCAAUCAAAGGAGACGGGACAAACGAGAGAUGUCUGAUAGAAAUCCUGGCAUCCAGAAACAACCAGCAGAUACAGGACAUGGUUGCCGCCUACAAGGAUGCCUAUGGCAGGGACAUGGAGGAGGAUAUCAUUGCAGACACAUCAGGGCACUUUAAGAAGAUGCUGGUCGUUCUGCUCCAGGGGACCAGGGACGAAUCAGGGGUGGUGGACGCAGACCUGGUGCAGCAGGACGCACAAGACCUGUAUGCUGCGGGAGAGGAGAAGUGGGGGACGGACGAGGCAACGUUCAUCAUGAUCCUGGGAAACCGCAGUGUGACCCACCUGCGCAUGGUUUUUGAUGAAUAUGAGAAGAUUGCAGAGAUUUCCAUUGAGGAAAGCAUUAAGAACGAGCUGUCUGGAGACUUUGAAAGGCUCAUGCUGGCUGUCGUCCAGUGCAUAAGGAACGUUCCCAUGUUCUUUGCCAAACGUCUCUACAAGUCGAUGAAGGGCCUUGGCACCGCUGAUAACACUCUCAUCCGCAUCAUGAUUUCCCGCUCUGAAAUUGACAUGCUGGACAUCCGAGAGUGUUUCCGCCUCCGAUACGAGAAGUCACUUUAUAACAUGAUAAAGGACGAUACGUCGGGCGAUUACAAGAGGACUCUCCUUAACCUGUGUGGAGGGGACGAUGACCUAGCUGGCGAGUUCUUCCCCGAAGCCGCUCAGAUAGCCUACAAGAUGUGGGAGUUAAGUGCCAUGACCAAAGUGCAGCCGAGGCCCACAGUCCAUCCUGCGCCUGAUUUCGACCCUGCAGCCGAUGCACAAGCUCUGCGGAAAGCUAUGAAGGGUUUCGGAACAGAUGAGGAUGCGAUCAUUGACAUUGUAGCGCGAAGGAGCAACGCCCAGAGGCAGGAAAUCAGACAGGCCUUCAAAUCCCUGCUGGGAAGGAACCUGAUGAAGGACCUGAAGUCUGAACUGUCAAAGAACAUGGAGAGGCUGAUCAUUGGGCUCAUGUUGACCCCAGCAGAGUUUGAUGCCAAAAUGAUGAAAAAGGCGAUCGAGGGAGCAGGGACAGAUGAGCAUGCUCUGAUCGAGAUCCUGGUCACCAGGAGCAACGAGGAAAUACAAGCCAUGAGUGCUGCCUACAUGGAUGCCUACAAGAAAUCUUUGGAGGACGCCAUUCGUUCAGACACGUCAGGCCACUUCUGUCGGAUCCUUGUUUCUCUGGUGCAGGGUGCAAGAGAAGAAGGGCCUGCAGACGUGGAACGAGCCUGUGCAGAUGCUCAGGAACUUGCAGAUGCAUGCAAUGCAGAAUCUGAUGACAUGGAGAUGAAGUUCAUGAGCAUCCUGUGCACCAGGAGCUUCCCACACCUCAGGAGAGUGUUCCAGGAGUUUGUCAAAUGCACCAACAAGGACAUCGAGCAGAUCAUCAAGAAGGAAAUGUCUGGCGAUGUGAAAAAUGCCUAUUAUGCGUUAGUUCGCAGUGUGAAGAACCAGCCGUCGUACUUUGCAGACCGCUUGUAUAAAGCCAUGAAGGGCCUCGGUACAGACGACAGAGCUCUGAUCCGCAUCAUGGUGUCCCGUAGCGAGGUGGACCUAUUCAAUAUCCGCAAAGAGUUUAAAGAAACGCACGACGUCUCCCUCCAUGAAUUCAUCCAGGUAGAGACAAUGAUCGGCGACACCUCAGGAGACUACCGUAAAACCCUGCUGAUCCUCUGCGGAGGGGAAGAUUAAAGCCGUCACGUCUCCGCAGCUUCGUCUCACCUGCUUUAGUGACCUUUAAAGCAGCCAAAACAGAUGUGGUUAACGUCAGUAUCUGUUCCUUUAUGGCUGCCACUCCUCAACCAAACCAAGUGUCCUACUGAACAAUGACAUCUAAGCCUUCCAAGCCAGUGUUUUUUUUUUUCUUCUUUUUUUUUUUUUUUUUUCAAGCCUUAGUGACCCCACCUGGGAGGGUGCUGUUUGUCUUUUUUACAGAUGUAACAUUAAGUUGCUCACUUCGGUGUGGAUAAAAGCUUCAGAUGAAGAAUAAAGAGUGGUAUGUGCGCAAGCCUUCAGAUUAUUGUCCGUCCAAUCAGUGCCGUGAUUUUAAAUAUACCCCAAUAAAACACAUGUCAC